AUGAUUGAGUGUCGUUUGAAGCGUACUAGUUUGCAUCGUCAAAAGUAUAAUCGUAUAUACUUUUCUUGGCAUCUAGGUUUGAUUGGCGUUCAGCUGAGCAGUUCGCAGGAUCAUCUCAAAUUAAAGAAACUUACAUCGGAUCUGAUAAGCGCCAUUGCUGAAGCAAAUUCUGGAAAAAAGUAUGGAUCCCAAUGGGUGCCGUCUCUGGGAAAAGCUCUCGAAGAGGUCUACACCACAUCGUCACGACGAUGCUUCUUGUUUAGGUCACUAACUAAGAGAGUAGAAACAUUGUGCCCCAAGCCGCCCACGUAUCUACCCUCAUGUUACCCAUGCGGAAAACCAAAACCAAAACCACCACCGCCUCCACCAUCACGAGGUAAAGCUCCAGGAUUUCAUCCCCCGCCCCACCCAACCUACGAGCUUGUAUACCCCGAUGGCACCUACUUUCCCUGGUGCUACAUGCCGUUCUGCCCCACGAUUUGCCAGCCACCCUACUGUUAUCCUUGCGUACUACCCCAUUGUGAUCCCAAAUGCGUACCGCCAUGAUGCUAUCCACCAUGCAAGCCGCCUGCCUGCCAGUUUCCGCCUACUUGUUGGCAUCCCUGUUGUCCAAAUCCCUGCGUGGCUCCCAGAUGCAUUCCCGUAAACUCAGAAAUGAGUGUCACUCCGGGCUGUAUGGCACCCUACUGCCCGCCGCCCAUUGAUUGUUCUCCUCCGUACUGCCCAAAAAUUAUUAAGCCUAUGACUAACAAAAACACAAACAUAAUAUCUCUAAGAACAGGCAUGUGCCCCAUGAGGGACAUCGUGCGAAGAAUUUCUAGUAUGGGAUGACCGCCAAAUAUCUCGAAAUAAAGAGCACAUCUCCAGUUAACGCUCAUUUUUGUUUCAUUUGAAAUGUUCUGGGGACUUUAACAGGAAUAUCAUUUUAUGAUGACACUUCGCUUAUGGUGUUGUCUAUGCAGUUCGGCAGAUGGCGCCACCUAAACUUCUUAUAUAAGUCACUAAUACUUAGUUUUAAGUCUGUUGGCUUAGUAACGGGCAUCUAACAGUCGGGAAACUCGACUUUAUCGUUAUCUCUUGUUAAAUACUCUUCUCAUCUCAAAACUUAAAUUAAAUAAGUACAUCAAUAUUGCAAAAUAUUAAUGUCUUAAAAUGAAAUCAGUUUCCAACCAACAACAAUACUUGGGCUUUAUCCCACAGUUAUCAUACAUAUAUGUAAUGCAUUUUUAGCACUUUCGACGGCUUUAUAAAAAAAUGGCUAGGAGGAACACAAUCUUAUUUGGUUUGUAUCUGUAGAUCAUUCUUUUCAAUUUAAAAUGUACGUUAAUAGCAUUUAUCAUGCUAUUUUUAUAAUUUAUUGGGGGGUCUGCCUAAAACCGACACAAAACGCCACCAAGUGAAGUCUAAAAUGCGGUUCGCUUUUCUAAUAGUCCGUAAGAAUCUUUUCACUACUGUCAGAGAACGUACUACCUUUAAAAUAAAGUGGUGGUCCUACAGGUACACACUAUAAUGGCCCUAGUCACUCGUUUAAAGGAAAUUAAAAGCAGAGUUUUGAAUGCUUCUGGAACGGCCGUC